CUACCCCCACUUUCCUCCCUCUCUGACCCUAUAAUCCUCACCGAAGCUCUUUCUAAGCUCUUCGAACCUUCACAUCCACUUCGAACUCUCCUCGUCCCUCAACUCCUUCCCAUCUUACGUACAAACACCCCGACGACCUACUUCGAACUCAUCGAUAUCUGUGUGACAAUAUCCAAACGAUGGAAAUGGGAAGAAAAAGCAGAAUUUUUAUCUGGUCACCCUGAAAUUGGAGCACCGGCAAUUGGGAUAUCUAACACGGAGCAAAACAAAGCAGGUUUGACUUCCCAGGCUGUAUUACGUCGUCUGAAACAUCUGAAUAGUCUUUAUCGGAUCGUGUUCCCAGGUCUGGUAUAUAUCACUUUCGUCAAUGGUAGACCUAGAUCGGAUAUCGUACCUGAACUGGAACGUAUCAUAGGGAUCACCCCUUCGCCCGCUCCAAUACCAGAUGAUUGGCCUCUGGACAUACCAACUCUGGAUAGUACGGAGGUGAAGGGGCUAAUAAGACCGUUCGGGAGUGAGGAAUGGAAGGAAGAAUGUGAGAGAGGUUUGGGAGAGGUUUGGAAGAUUGCUCGAGCCAGGUUGAAAACGAUGGAUUUGGAGUGA